AUGGCGCUGGCCUCGGUGGCUGCGUUAGACCAGAGGCAGGCGGCGGCGGCGGCGGCGCCGCGGAAGAGACGCUCGGCGGUCCGGCGACUGCGGCGCAGGGAGGCAGUGGCUUGCGGCCGGGAGGCGGACCUCGAGGUGGACAGCGAAGUCUUGUUUCGUCUCAUCCGGGACGCUGAGGAGGACCUGCUUAUCUCUGAUUUCUGGAGUUCAGCACUAGAAACCAUCAACAGAUGUCUUACAAAACAUCUGGAACAACUAAAGGCUCCUGUGGGGACUUUUUCAAAAGUGCUUGGAAACCUGCAUCUUGACUCAUUGCAGGAUGAGUCAGAUGUGGCCCCUGGCUCCAUCCCAGGAGAGAGCCUGAUCCCGGGAACCUACCAUAUGAAGUGUGUGUGUUAUGGUAUUGGAAACUUUGCCACCUGUGUCAUAGCUAGAAACCAGCUAGCAUUUUUGCUUCUCCUCCUGGAAAAGUGCCAGAUUCCCAGAAGUCACUGCUGGGUAUAUGACCCUCUGUUUAGCCAACUUGAAAUAGCAGUUCUUAACAACCUUGGUAUGAGUGUUCUCAGUGAGAACGAGGAAGGGAAACGGAGUAUUUGUGGUGAGCCCACCAUCUUUUACAUGCUCCACUGCGGGACAGCCUUGUACAACAAUCUUUUGUGGAGUAAUUGGUCACUAGAUGCUCUUUCCAAGAUGGUCAUCAUUGGGAACAGUUUCAAUGGACUUGAUGAAAGGUUGCUGACAAGGAUUCUGCAGAAAAAUUAUCCCUACAUUGCAAAGAUUUUAAAAGGACUGGAGGAGCUUGAGUUUCCUCAGACUUCACAGUACAUGGACAUAUUUAAUGACACCUCCGUCCACUGGUUCCCUGUACAAAAGCUGGAACAACUUGCCACAGAUAUUUGGGCAUUUAGGGAAGAACCAGAUUAUCAGGACUGUGAGGACCUUGAGAUCAUCAUGAACAAGACCAAAGACCCUUCAGGUGCUGACCUGAACUCACUAUAAUGUACUCAGUGUUGGCUGAGAUAGAAGCUGCCACCAGAGACUAAAGGAAAAGUCACCAUGGAGGGAGUCACUGCAGACAACAGCUUUCUUUGCAGUGGCCAAAGUUCAGAAAUAAGAACAGGAAAUCUAUCAACUUGGCUGUCCUGUUUCAAGGACAAUACACCAUGUAAGGUCUUGGUAUAAAGAUUUAUGCACUUCUAAA